CGGGAGGCAGAAAGAGAGGAAGAAAGGAAAAGAAAGAGAGGAAGAAGAGGAAAUGAGGAAACGGAAGAGAAGUGGUGAUAUAUAUAAGACAUAUACGGACUGAAAUCGGUCCGUAUAAUCCUCAAUGGCGUGCGACACCAAAAAAUUUCAAUUUUUUUGGAAAAAUUUCAAUUUUUCCGGGAAAAAUUUUGGCGCAUUAAUGAUAUUCAGACCGAAAUCGGUCUGAAUAUAAAUAAAUUACCGCAGAAUCAAUAAGAUUCAAAUCAACGGUAAAAAUUUGGCGCAUAAAUUAAUUACGGAUCGAUUUCGGUCCGAAUAUAUUUGUAAAAAAUCUUCCAGCACACAUUUUUGUUCUUUUCAUUUAAGGACAUGACCAUUUCUCGUGAUCUAAAUCCAUUGGAAUAUACGGACCGAUCCCGGUCUGCAUAUAUGCAAACAAUCGAGAAGCUUCCAUGCUUUUCAUUUUUCAGACCGAUUUUGGUCCGAAUAUAGUAGAAAAAAUCCAGAAACUUCUUCCAGUGCACAUUUUUAUUCUUUUCAUUUAAGGACAUUACCAUUUUCUCGUGUUCUAAAUCCAUUCUUGCGAAAACCAAUUGCAUGUUCGGCAAGGAGGAGAUCUUCCUCCUCAGGAUCAUAAAAGCAACACAAUUUUAAUCACCCACAGCUGUUUACUGAUAGUAGCAUAGCUCCAAAUAUACAGCAAACGAUUGAUCCAUUAAUGAAUCAACAUUUUGCACCUGAUCAUGAGAACGAGGGCCCUUCAUCCUCGACGGGGAAAAAAGGACGGAGCAGGAAUUUCAAAGGAAUACGCCCUCCAGAAAAUAGAGAGAGCAAGAAAUGGGUUAAACUCAUUGAUGAUAAGCUCCAGUUUGCUGAUCCAAACAUCCCUCGGGCUAUCACUUCACUGUGGAAGUCACGUUUUGAUGGCCCCUAUUUCACAUAUGAGCGUGUCCCCCAAAGCAAGAUUGUUGAAAUUUAUAAUUGUUUCAAGACACUUUACCAGGAUGAGAAGUUGAAAUGGGACAAGAACUCAGCCUAUGUCCCAUGUUGGAUCCCAGCUCAUAUAUGGCCUCAGCUGCUAACAUAUUGGGACUCUGAUGAAUAUAAGAGGCUCAGUGCAAGGGGAGCAAAGAAUAGGAGCUCUGGGGAAAGGGUGACUCACACCACUGGGUCCGUUAGCUUUGGCAUCCAUGAGAUGCGGAUGGUAAUCAAGCUUAAUUAAUAAAAAUUUAAUAUAUUAGAUUUUAUUUA